GCCAUUUAGGAUCUUGAAUACAAGACAUGGGUCGGUGUAUUGCACAAGAUUUUCCAACUCAGGAGCUCAGGAGGUACGGCGCGAAUGUGAAUAUAUUUCACGUACUUUGCGAUUGUGUAGCCUAUGUUGUGCAUAAUUUCUCUAUUGUACUACAUCAUUGAUAAAUUGUACACCUCCACUACACUACUUUGAUACGCAUCAAUAGGGACUAAGAAAUUAAUAUGAGCACUGACCACUGACAAAAAAUUCGUAUACAUACGUUGCGUAUACCCUGCGUAUACCCUCCACUACACCACUGGCCCUGUGUUUUACAAAAAGUGCACUUUCCUACAUGAUUGCGCUGGUAUUACGGUUGUUGUCCUUCCAGAAUCUUGAACCUGUCACACAAUGAAGGCCUAUAGGUUCGUCUCUGCGCAAUCAUGCCUAUAAUAUAUAUACAGGCUCUUAAUAACAUAAUCAUGUUUCAAGAAAGGAGUGUAUAGAUUAUGACUGGCGAAGGGAUUUUAUGCGUUGACUGAAUGGAAAUCGGUAAUUAUUCGUUGUUUUACUCCGCUUGUCUCGGGAAGAAAUUAUGAGUUCUCACUGUCGGAGACCGAGUCAAGACCGAGUACAAAUGUCAAUGACACCGAGACGGUCAAUACGUGGUCUCGAGACAGAGUACUAACGUGACAACACUGGGCAGAGGCAGCAGAAACACUCACACAUACUGUGUUACAUUUAUUUUGAAAUAACUUCAAUACCUACAAAAAUAUAUCUAAGUGACAAUCUGCUUUAAUAUUUUUCUUCUUUAUCAAUGUCACAAAAAUGAACAAACGCGUUUUGAAAGGAUUCCUGUUCAGCAUUCUACAAAAAAACAGGAGUACAGCCCUCCUUAACUCGUAGUGGUAUGAACUUGUAUAUAUAUAUUUGUAUGACACCUAAACAAUAGUGCCUGGCAGAUGUGUAUUGUGUACGCUUGAGUUGUGUAGCAAGCUAUUUGGAUGUGGAAACGUUUCAUACAAUCGUCGGGCGCCCACUUUACGAUUGGUGAUAGCUACAAGACGUCAAAUGCGGCAGUGUCAGCCACGAUCGUCAAAUAAAGCCAAUUUAAAAUAUUGCCCCAACAAUCGCAGCCUCGCGCCUGCUAUGAGAUCACCCUAACAAAAAAUAGUGGGGUAAAGAUGGCUGCAGAGCUCUUUCCAACCAAGAAGCUGGCCCCAGUAUCCUCAACCAAAACAGCUGUGCAGCAAUACCAGCAGCAGAACCUGAAUAACAACACCAUUCACAGCUGCAACUGGCAAGGGCUCUAUCCUACCAUCCGAGAGAGGAAUUCAGUCAUGUUCAACAAUGAGUUGAUGGCAGAUGUUCACUUUGUUGUUGGCCCCCCAGGAGGGACUCAGCGAGUACCUGGGCACAAGUAUGUGCUGGCUGUGGGGAGUAAUGUGUUCCAUGCCAUGUUUUACGGUGAACUGGCAGAGAACAAGGAAGAGAUCCGUAUCCCUGAUGUGGAGCCUCCCUCGUUCCUAGCCAUGCUGAAGUACAUCUACUGUGACGAGAUCGACCUGUGUGCUGACACUGUCCUGGCUACGCUCUAUGCCGCCAAGAAGUACAUCGUGCCCCACCUGGCUCGGGCAUGCGUCAACUUCCUGGAGACGAGCCUGAGCGCCAAGAAUGCUUGUGUUCUGCUCUCCCAGAGCUGCCUGUUUGAGGAGCCCGACCUGACACUGCGCUGCUGGGAGGUGAUCGACGCCCAAGCCGAGCUGGCGCUGCGCUCCGAGGGCUUCACAGACAUCGACUCGGUGACCCUGGAGAGUAUCCUUCGCCGCGAGACGCUCAAUGCCAAGGAGAUGGUGGUGUUCGAGGCGGCAUUGAGCUGGGCUGAGGCCGAAUGCCAGCGCCAGGACCUGACGCCCACCAUUGAGAACAAACGGCUGGCGCUAGGCAAGGCCAUCUACCUGAUCCGCAUUCCCACCAUGACGCUGGAUGACUUCGCCAACAGUGCGGCACAGUCGGGCGUGCUGACGCUCAACGAGACCAACGACAUCUUCCUGUGGUACACGGCUGCCAAGAAGCCUGAGCUGCUGUUUGCCAGCAAGCUGCGCAAGGGCCUGGCGCCGCAGCGCUGCCACCGUUUCCAGUCGUGUGCCUACCGGAGUAACCAGUGGCGCUACCGGGGCCGCUGCGACAGCAUCCAGUUCGCCGUGGACAAGCGAGUGUUCAUUGCCGGCUUUGGCCUGUAUGGCUCCAGCUGUGGCUCAGCAGAGUACAACGCCAAGAUUGAACUCAAGAGGCAGGGCGUGCCGCUGGGCCAGAGCCUCAUCAAGUACUUUUCAGAUGGCUCCAGCAGCACAUUACCAGUGUGGUUUGAAUACCCUGUGCAGAUCGAGCCCGACACAUUCUACACGGCCAGCGUUGUGCUGGACGGCAACGAGCUCAGCUACUUUGGCCAGGAGGGGAUGACUGAGGUGCAGUGUGGCAAGGUCACCUUCCAGUUCCAGUGCUCCUCGGACAGCACCAACGGGACAGGUGUGCAGGGGGGGCAAAUACCUGAGCUCAUCUUUUACGCUUGAGGUGUCGACUGUGAGGGAAACGUAACCCUCCAUCUUUACUGCCACAGUAAAUUCACCCCUCCGGCUGUUCAGAAAGCAUCAGCUCUUAACUAUGGCUUUAAAAGUAUACCUGGUUAGGAAAAAACAAACAUAUCCAAUUUAUUGUGGUGGUUAUUUAGUUCACUAUACAAUUGCCUUAUGAGUAUGUCGAACCUAGUGUGACUGGGUUGCAGUUACCAAAUAUUUUCUAAUAAAGGAUAGGUCAUAACACAUUUAACACUUCACACAUUUUUGUUCUAAUGUUUAUGAAGCACAGUUCUCAUUUAACAAGAUUAUUAGUGUGUUGCAGGUAUCUUUUUAAAACUUCAAACAUUCCUAUUUCCUUUUAAAGAAAACACUACAACUUGAAAACAAAAUAUUUCAACCUGUGCAAGAAACUCAACAUUGAUAUAGAGAAUACUUAAUGUAUAUCAAAUAUUUUUGUACUUUGUAACUCGAUAAAUAGUUAAAAAAUUUGAUGGUGCAAUUUCUAAGAUUUUGUAUGGUUAAUAUUGUUACCUCAAUCCAAGUAUCCCCUUGGGUUUUCUGUGAGAUUAAUAAAACUGAGAACAGACAAAAACGCAAUGUAAACCUGUGCUGAGGUUUAAGAUACAUGAGUAUGUUGCCAUCUCAGCAUAUAGCUAACUUUUUGUUGCACUACUAUUGGUCCUCUUUUCAAACGGGACAGCCUUUUUGUAUCUCGCUUACAUUAAUUUAGGGCUUUU